AUGGCCACCCACCCAGCGAUCAUUGUAACCGCACUGAAGGGACCUUUGACAAUCGAGCAUGUCCCAACCCUCAAGGCUGAGCAUCACGACGUUCAGGUCCGAGUGGAAUGGGCUCCGACUUCCCACCUGGAUGUCUACCAAGUCGAUGCUGGUGUGAUGGUCCAGUUCCCUCAGAUCUUGGGGGAUAGCGCCGCCGGAACUGUGGUAGCUGUCGGUCCUGAUGUCAAGCGUCUCCGGGUUGGCGAUCGUGUGUUCGGAAUGUUCUUCCAAACCAAGACACAGAAAGGCCAGCAGGUAUAUGUCACGGCACCAGAGACUCUUCUUGGCAAGGUCCCACAAAACAUUCCAUUGUCUGCUGCCUCUACCAUACCGACGAACUUCUGCACUGCGUUCUUUCCGCUGUUCGAGAAGUUAAAAGUUGAACUACCCUGGCCGCGCCCAGAGGACUUCACUCCAUCCGAAAAAGACGUACCGAUUCUCAUUUGGGGUGCUGCCAGUUCUGUAGGGCAGUACGCGGUGCAAAUCCUCAAAUACUGGGGAUAUACCAACGUUAUUGCAACAGCUUCCCCGAAGCAUCAUGAAAUGGUCAAGGCUUAUGGGGCGGCGCACGUGUUCGACUAUCGUGACCCGGAUACCGCCUCUAUCCUCGAUCUCUUGAAUAGCCAAGGGCACCAAGAAAGCAUUCGCGUCUUUGACUGCAUAAAUUCGAAAUCCGGUUCCUUGAUUCCGAUCUCCAAGAUAGCCACACAGCCAGGCUCAGCUGUUGCUGCUGUUCUUCCGAUUGUUAUCAGCAGACCAUCUGAGAAAGACGGUCUACAGCUCUCCUUUGAUGUCUCUACAGAGGCGCCCUGGGCAUCGGGCGUUGAGACUCACCCCAUUGUAGUCUACGACUACGAGAAGAAUGACUUUUUGCGGGACCAUCUCCAGACGGAGAUACUUCCCACGCUUGUGGCCCAAGGUGCUAUCAAGCCGAAUAAGCAGCGGAUAGUUGAAGGAGAGACUCUGUUAGACAGGGCGAGUAAAGCUUUAGGCAUCUUGAGAAGCGGCACUGUUAGUGGUGAACGGUUGGUGUGGCAAGUCUGGACCGAGGAGGAGUUCCCUGAAUUUAAGUGA